UAAAAGAAAAAAAAAGUUGAGGGACUAGUGACUACCACCAGACAGACCUCGAGUGCUCCAUUGCUCCCGUCCCCCUUCUCUCCCGCCUCCCCCCCUUCUCUCGUCGCUAGACCUGCCGCCCGGCCGGCCUAUAUGUUCUCUCCUUUUGAGAGAAGGGAGGAAUAGCCGCAAGCCUGCAGCGCAAAGGAAAGCACAGCAGCGGCGGUUUGCAAAAGAGCCCGCCACCUCUGUCUCUCUGCCCUGCGCUGCGCCGUCCACACCACUCAUCCGGCAACCUCUCUCUGUCUCCACUCGUACAGUAUUAAUUUCCUCGCGCCUCCUCCGUCCUCCAUUUUUUUUGUUGGGUGCCGUGCGAGCUCCAAGUACCCCUGUCUCCCUCCCGUCUUGCGGGCUUGCCUUUGCCUGUUCCAUUUCCGGCUCCUCCAGUUGGUAGUGUCGUUUCAAUGCGAGACGCCGUCCUUCACGAGCUUGAUUGCCCUUGAAAGCGAAGUUGGUGUUGGUGUCGUUGCCGGUGAGGAGGAAGAGGGGAUAUAUGGCUCCCACGGAAGAGGCAGCAGGGGAGGACGAGCGGCUGCUGAAGGAUCUUCUCGCUUCUUCGUCAGAUAAGGAAGCCCAUGCUAUAUUUGCAGGAGAGGAUGAAGAGAGUACAAAGACACAGUCCGAUGAAUCUACUAGGGGGGAUUGUGAUAACGGCGGGUCCGUAGCCGCCUUAUCGAGUGAAGAUGUCAAUGAUAGGCAUGGUAGUGACAGCAACAGCCAAUGUGCUGAAUCUGAUGGUGCUUGCAGUCAAGUGCCUGGAACAGGCUCCAAGAGCAGCAACGAUGAGUGCGGUGCUGAAGUGCCUCAAACCGGAUCCAAGAGCAGUAAUGAUGAAGAUGACGGGUGUGCUGAUGAAAUGCCAGGAGCCCUCUCCAAGAGCAGUAGCAAUGACAGCAGUGAGUGCGCUGACCGGAGCUCUCCGCGAGCUGUCCUAGAUAUCUCAGUAUCUGGCAGCAUGGACUCGGAUGACAGUGUUUCAGUCGAGCAGUCAGCAGAAUCAAACCAAAAUGUGCAGUGGAGGAACCUGAUCAGCAGUCUAAUACUCAGAAGAAAGAAGUCCAUGGGCAGCGCAGUGACGUUCCCUCAGAGACCCAAGAGCAAAGGGCUUAGAGGGUACUUGGAGAGGAUGAGGAGUGGUAAGAACCAAAUGGACUGCAGCGCCAUUGCUCCUGAGAUCCUCCCUCAGAUCGGGAAAUGGAGGCCAUCAUGGCGGAGCUUUGACUACAAUGAGCUUUGUGCUGCAACUGACAGUUUUGGUUCAGAGAAAAUGAUUGGGAAGGGAGGGCAUGCAGAGGUAUACAAAGGACAGCUUGCUGAUGGACAAUUUGUGGCAGUGAAGAGAUUAACAAAAGGCGGUAACAAAGAGGACAGAGUUAGCGAUUUCUUAUCUGAGCUUGGAAUAAUAGCCCAUGUUAACCACCCAAACGCAGCACAGCUCCUGGGGUUUAGCGUGGAAGGGGGUCUGCACUUGGUUCUUCAGUUCUCACCUCAUGGAAGCCUUGCUUCUGUUCUACAUGGUACAAAGGAGCCCCUGAAGUGGAAAGUCAGGUUCAAAAUUGCACUUGGAAUUGCUGAAGGGCUGCUUUAUCUACAUGAAGGCUGCCAUCGCCGCAUAAUUCACAGAGACAUCAAGGCAUCUAAUAUCCUUCUAACUGAAGACUACCAACCUCAGAUAUCAGAUUUUGGGCUUGCAAAGUGGCUCCCUGACAAAUUGACCCAUCAUGUUGUGUAUCCCAUUGAAGGCACAUUCGGGUAUAUGGCCCCAGAAUACUUCAUGCAUGGGAUCAUAAAUGAGAAGACCGAUGUGUUCGCAUAUGGAGUUCUACUUCUUGAACUAGUUACCGGGCGGAAAGCGGUGGACUCAUCCAGACAGAGCCUAGUGAUAUGGGCAAAACCGCUGCUUGAUGCGAACAACAUCCAAGAGCUGGUGGAUCCUUCCCUUGGUAACGAGUAUGACCCUGAAGAGAUGGUGUACACACUAGCAGUGGCAUCCUUGUGCAUCCACCACAGCUCAACCUCGAGGCCUAGUAUGAAAUCGGUAGUCUGUUUCUUGAAGGGUGACCGGGAGUCACUUGAGCUGGUGAGAAGGCCUAAAAUCGUGAAGCCCCUGAUGUUUGACUCGGGCGAUUCAGAAGAUUACACGCGCUCGAGCUACCUCAGCGAUCUCAACCGGCACAAGCAGCUCGCGCUGGAGCAGUGAACAUCGAAUUGAGUUUGAACAGAUUCACUGUAAUUUUGUACAUCAUUUACGCUGUACCCAUGCACACUGUGAUCCUCCCACCUUCCACAUAGGUUUUAAAAAUUGUAUGGAUUGAUGUGGGGGGGUCAGCUAUCAUUCACUACAUGGUUGCUGAUCUAUGCUGUAACUUUGCCCAGAGUUUCAGCGCAUGUUACGGCCCUGCGAUCAUCUGUAUCAUCCGGACUGUCCGAUUGUAAUGUCAGGUGAUGCAGCCACUAGCGACCAGUCUGCUAUACUGUUCGUGAAAUGGUGAUUGUUAGCAUGGUUGUGUCCUGAUCAUUUCCAUGGUUUCAUAUAUGUAAUGUCUCCUAGUAUUAACCCUCA